AUAAACUAUAUAUUAAGACUAUACUUAAAUAACUUUACAAUAGCCUAUAUUAAUAAUAUUUUUAUUUUUUUAAAAACCUUUAAAGAAUAUAAAAAAUACAUCUAUCUUAUACUGCAAAAACUUAAAAAAGUAAAACUCUUUAUUAACCCUAAAAAAUAUAUUUUUUAUUUUUAA